CUGCCAGCCAGCAUCCAGCACCCUAGCAGGAGAAAAUGCAGUUUGUGUUUGUGAUGGAUGCAACUGCCAUGCAGAGAGAGAGCGCAUAUAUUUGCAAAUGCUUGACACAUCAGUGUUGACAAAACGAGUCAUGUGACGACCAUGAAGAUGGCGCAGCUUAUGGUAUAUUGCAGUUUUUUUUUCUCCUGUGUUUUCUUGCACCAGCUCGACAGUUCGGACCGCCGAACAAUAUCGCGACCUUAUUACCUAACUAAUUACCGACCGAUUCAGCCAGUUCACGCGGACUGAGCAGCCUAUUGUGGAUCAGCUGGACUUGAGCGCGAUUGGCUUAAAGGAGGAGGAGGGGGGGUAAAAAAAGGGAAAAGAGGAGGAAAAACAAAGAAAUUAAAUAAAUAAGCUUCGAGGAAAAGAAACCUCUCCGUUCCAGUUGAAAUGCGGCUGCAGUAACACCUUUUGUGGAGAGCAGAAAACCCGCUCAACGUGUGCGUGCGUGCGUGCCUACCGGAACGCGCGUGUGUGUGUGUGUGUGUGUGCCUUACAUUAGGUGGACACGGAGACUGCAUCAGACUGGAGACACACGCCGGGAAAUAAUAGAGCGGAGAUAUUGAGGCUUUGAUGGUCCUUCCUCCCCCCUUUGCACUCACACAAACGUCAGGAUACUGAUUCCGGUCGAGACAUGUAGUCCCAUGUAUGAGCAGCCAGGAUCGUUUAGCCUUCAGCUCUGUGGGGUUUUUUUUUUUGUUUUUUUUAGCAGCAUCAUCUCACGAUAUCGACAUAAUGUGGCUUGCUCUACCGGAGGGAAAAUAACCAAUUAUGUGGAUACCUACAGAAGAGGAGAAAAUCGGAGUUGUGAUCUGCAACUUCCGGUCACCAAUAUGUCAGGCCCUGGUCCUGGAGAUUGGGGAAACUGUACAGAUUCUGGAGAAGAGUGAAGGUUGGUACAGAGGCUUUUCCACCAAGAAGCCUUCUAUCAAGGGUAUUUUCCCAGUCAGCUAUGUCCACUUGAAGAAAUCCACAGUGACCAACAGAGGGCUGUGCGAGACGGUGGUGCCCCUCGAGGACCCUAUUAUCACAGAGACCACCUCCACACUGCAGGAAUGGGGUGUCUUGUGGAAGCAGCUCUAUGUGAAACACAAGGUGGAUCUUUUCCAUAAGUUGCGUCAUGUGAUGAAUGAGCUCAUCGACCUGCGUCGGCAGCUGAUCCAGGGUCACCUCGCCCAGGACCAGACUCGUGAGAUCAAGCGGCACAUCACCGUACGACUCGACUGGGGCAAUGAGCACCUUGGCUUAGACCUUGUUCCCAGAAAAGAGUUUGAAAUGGUGGAUCCAGAUCAGAUCAGCAUAUCAGAGCUAUACAAACUGCAUGUAUCCAGCAGACACUGUGGUCAGCAAAGCACAAACCAGGGUGACAGCACGAGACAGCGCCAUGGUGACGGUUGCCGUGUCCCCGUGUCGCACCACCUCUUCAUCAAUCUGAAGAGCUUUACUUACAACAGCAUCAGCGAGGAUGCAGACGUCUUCUUUUUUCUGUACGACACUCGCGAGGCCAAACAGAUCAGUGAGAAGUUCAUGGUGAAACUGAACAAAAAUGGAGGACCAAAGAAUCCGGAGAAGGUUGAUCGCCUGUGUGCUCUCUUCACGGACCUGAGCAGUAAAGACUUGAAGAGAGACCUUUACAUUGUUGCACAUGUCAUAAGAACUGGUCGUAUGCUGCUGAACGACUCAAAGAAAGGCCCACCUCAUGUGCAGUACAGACGACCUUAUGGCUGCGCUGUUCUUGCCAUGAGUGAUGUUUUCCAUACCAUCACAGACCUCAAAGAGGAGAAGGACUUUGUGCUCAAAGUUUAUACAUGUAACAAUGAGAACGAGUGGUACCAGAUACACGAGAACAUCAUCCGCAAGUCCAACACCAAGUACUCAGCUCCCAGCACCAACUAUGGCCUCAUCAUUUCCCUGCAGCUGCUGCGGGGUGAGCUGGAGCAGAUCAGGCGGGAGAACCAGGCUGUGUUCAACAGAGCCCUGGCACUCACACGCAAACUGGGUUUCCCAGAUGUCAUUCUGCCAGGUGACACACGCAAUGACCUAUAUCUGACCCUGGAGCGGGGGGAGUUUGAGAGGGGUGGCAAGAGCGUCCAGAAGAACAUCGAAGUCACGCUCUAUGUACUCUAUGCCGACGGGGACACACUCAAAGAUUGCAUUAGUUUGGGCAGCGGGGAGCCCAACACCAGUGAAUAUCGCUCUUUUGUCCUGUACCACAACAACGGCCCUCGCUGGAGUGAGAUGGUCAAGCUGCCAAUUCCCAUAGAUCGUUUCAGGGGGUCGCACCUACGCUUUGAGUUCAGACACUGCUCCACUAAAGACAAAGGAGAGAAAAAACUCUUUGGUUUUGCCUUCACUCCUCUGAUGAGAGAAGAUGGGACCACGCUGUCAGAUGAAAGCCAUGAGCUGUAUGUGUACAAGUGUGAUGAAAAUGCCACCUUCAGUAACCAGGGCCUGUACCUGAGUUUGCCCUGCUGUAAAGAGGACUUCAACAGCUGCCCCAACCUGCCGGCCAACCUGCCCUUCCAGAGAAGCCCCAAAGAAACCUUCUGGGUCUCCACGAUACUCUGCUCCACCAAACUCACACAAAAUGUGGACCUUCUGGCUCUUCUAAACUGGAAGGCCCAUCCAGAACGGGUGUUGGACAUCCUCGGUCGAUUACGCCAGAUUAGUGGAGAGGAGAUUGUCAAGUUCUUGCGAGAUGUCCUGGAUACGCUCUUCUGUCUUUUAGAUGACAACACUGAUAAAUACGGACCGCUGGUUUUCCAGUCACUGGUGUUCAUCAUUAACCUGCUCAGGGACAGCCGUUUCUACCACUUCAGACCUGUCAUGGACGCCUACAUCCAAAAUCACUUUGCUGGAGCUUUGGCAUACAAAGAACUGAUUCGAUGUUUGAAGUGGUACAUGGACCGCUCGGCUGAGGUCGUCCGACAAGACCACAUCCAGGAAGCCAUGAGGGCUCUAGAGUACCUGUUCAAGUUUAUCGUCCAGUCUCGUAUCCUGUACUCGAGAGCCACCUGCGGGAUGGAGGAGGAGCAGUUCAGAGCGAGCAUCCAAGAGCUCUUCCAGUCGAUCCGCUUCGUCCUGAGUCUGGACAGCCGCAGCUCAGAGAACCUGGUGUUCACGCAGGCAGCACUCUUGAACAGUUUCCCUGAUAUUUUUGAUGAGCUGCUACAGAUGUUCACUGUUCAAGAGGUAGCCGAAUAUGUCAGGGGCACUCUAGGAAGCAUGCCAAGCACAGUGGACAUUGGCCAAUCUAUGGAUGUAGUCAAACUGCAGUCCAUUGCUCGUACAGUAGAGAGCCGCCUCUUCUUCUUCCCUGAGUCUCGUAGUAUUCUGCUGCCAGUGGUUCUGCAUCAUAUCCACCUACAUCUGCGCCAGCAGAGGGAGCUGCUCAUCUGUUCUGGGAUCCUAAGCAGCAUCUUUUCUAUUAUUAAGACCAGCUCCAUGGAGUCUUCUGUUCAGGAGGAAGUGGAGAUGAUGGUGGAGAGCCUUCUGGAUGUGCUGCUACAGACUCUGCUGUCCAUCAUGAGCAAGUCUCACUCUGUGGAGACAUCCAGAGGACAACGCUGUCCCCAGUGCACUGCCGAGAUAACGGGGGAGUAUGUUUCCUGUCUGCUCUCUCUGCUCAGACAGAUGACAGAGAUCCACUUUCACCAUCUACUCAACAACUUCCAUAGCAAGGAGGAGCUGAAGGAGUUCCUGUUGAAGAUCUUCUGCGUGUUCCGCAAUCUGAUGAAACUGACUAUCUUCCCUCGAGACUGGAGUGUCAUGAGGCUUCUAACUAGUCAUAUCAUCGUAGUGACAACACAGUUCCUGUCUCCGGCGCUGCACAAGAACUUCUCAGAGGCAGAUUUUGAUUUCAAGGUGUGGAACUCCUUUUUCAGCCUCACCGUACUGUACAUCAACCAGCCCAGUCUGCAGCUGGAGGCGCUCGGCCCGGCUAAGAGAAAGAAAGUCCUCGAUAAGUAUGGAGAUAUGAGAGUGAUGAUGGCUUAUGAGCUCUUCAGAAUGUGGCAAAAAUUAGGUGACAACAAGCCCCACUUCAUCCCAGGAAUGAUGGGUCCUUUCCUUGGUGUCACCCUGGUGCCGCAGACUGAGGUUCGAAAUAUUAUGAUCCCAAUUUUUCAUGACAUGAUGGACUGGGAGCAGAGGAAAAAUGGCAACUUCAAACAGGUGGAAGCAGAGCUGAUGGAUAAGCUGGACAGCAUGGUGUCGGAUGGGAAAGGCGAUGAUAAUCACAGAGAGCUCUUCAGCCUUUUAACCCAGCUGUUUGGGCCUUAUCCAAGCCUGCUGGAGAAGAUAGAGCAGGAGACCUGGAGAGAGACAGGGAUUUCAUUCGUCACAUCAGUCACAAGACUUGUUGAGCGAUUACUGGAUUACAGGGACUGCAUGAAAGGAGAUGAGAUGGAGAACAAGAAAAUUGGUGGUUCCGUCAACCUUAUGAACUUCUACAAAUCAGAGGUCAACAAGGAGGACAUGUACAUCCGUUAUAUCCACAAGUUGUGUGACCUGCAUCUCCAAGCAGAAGACUUCACAGAGGCAGCAUUCACCCUGCUGCUGUACUGGGAGCUGCUGCAGUGGGAGGACCGGCCCCUGAGGGAUUUCCUCCACUAUCCCUGUCAGAGCGAGUGGCAACGUAAGGAGAACCUGAGUCGUAAAAUCCUCCACUACUUCAACAAGGGCAAGUGCUGGGAAUAUGGAAUCUCUCUCUGCCGGGAGCUGGCUUUCCAGUACGAGACAUUGUAUGAUUAUCAGAGCCUCAGCUGGAUACGGAAAAUGGAGGCAGCGUACUAUGACAACAUCAUUGAACAGCAGAGGAUUGAACCAGAGUUCUUCCGAAUGGGCUUCUAUGGCAGGAAGUUUCCUUUCUUCCUCAGGAACAAGGAGUUUGUCUGUCGUGGUUAUGACUAUGAACGGCUCGAGGACUUCCAGCAAAGGAUGUUGGGGGAAUUUCCACAAGCGAUCGCCAUGCAGCAUCCCAACCAACCUGACGAUACCAUCCUGCAGAGUGACGCUCAGUACUUGCAGAUCUAUGCAGUGACUCCAGUGUCAGACAUCUCUGAUGUGCCUCAGCUGGAGCGUGUGCCUGAGAGGAUCAAGAGCUUCUACCGCAUAAACAAUGUCAGCCGCUUCCACUAUGACAGGCCUUUCCACAAAGGACCCAAGGACCGCGAGAAUGAGUUCCGGAGUCUGUGGAUUGAGAGAACGACCCUGAUCCUCUCCCGUCCCCUCCCGGGGAUCUCCCGCUGGGCGGAGGUGGAAAGGAGAGAAGUGGUGGAGGUGAGCCCUCUGGAGAAUGCCAUUUAUGUGGUGGAGAAUAAGACCCAGGAGCUGCGGACUCUGAUCAGUCAGUAUCAACACAGACAGCAUCAUGGCAACAUCAACCCACUAAGCAUGUGCCUAAAUGGGGUCAUAGAUGCUGCAGUGAACGGAGGCAUCGCAAGAUAUCAGGAGGCCUUCUUUGAUAAAGACUACAUCAGCAGUCACCCCGAGGAUACAGAGAGGAUCACACAUCUGAAGGAUUUGAUGCAGGAGCAGGUGCACAUUCUUGGGGUGGGGCUGGCUGUUCACGAGAAGCUGGUGCAUCCAGAGAUGCGUCCCCUGCACAAAAAGCUUGUAGACCAGUUCCACAUGAUGAGGACUGGUUUACAUCAUGGUGUGCCCGGUGUGGAUCGAUUUGGCCCUGCAGGAUGCCAAGGGGUCAACUCUCCCAGAGGCAUCCUCUCCUCCCACAGUCACAUGAGCCCUGAGAGUGUGCGCCUCAUUCACAGACACAGCCCUCUGAACCUUCAGGGUUCAAUCCGUCACUCUUCCUCCUCCCUGUCCUCUCACACAUCGAGCGAGGCAGGAAACCUCGUCAUAAUGACCGACGGCCUGAUGGGGGAGCACCCCGAGGAGGCAUUACACAUGCAGCCGAGCCCCUCUUCCUCCAGCCUGAGCUCAAUCCGCUCUAACUCUUCCCAGAUAAUUAACUCUGCUCCCUCGAGUGCCAGAGGCUCUCCAUCUUUGCCUGAUAAGGCCAAACACAACCGGGAAGUGAUGAUACUGCUGCCAUCUCAUCGUGAGAGGGCCAACAACUCCAUGUACUACAACAUGGCAGAGAAUGGACAGAACAACCACAUGCAGCGUGCCUUACUUCAGCAAGUUAGCCCCUGUAAGCCGUGUGCUGAUCCUCACAUGAACCUACCAGAGAAAGUGUUUCCUAACGCUCCCAGCAGCUGGAGUCUGGAUGGAGAGAACAGGGAGCAAGUGUCCUACAUGCCAGCCUCUACUGGAGGGGUAAUCAUGCCCCCUGUUCCACCAAGGUCCUUCCCACCAGGACACUUUCUUAUGCACUGUGAUGCGUUUCACCACCAGAACAGCGACCCUCCCCCUGCCCUGCCUGUUCGUUCACUUCGAAAGUCUCCUCUCCACCCGAUCCCUGGCUCCCCCACCAGUCCUCAGUCAGCUUUGGGUGGCAGUAAUUCCACUCUGUCAGGCAGCGCCAGCAGUGGGGUUUCCUCUCUGAGUGAGAGUAACUUCGGGGGCCAGUAUCCAGACCCUGGCCCCAUCAGGAACGAUGCCUUGGAGCCCCUUCCCAGUCACCUGUGGUCUCCCCCUGACGAGUACCUGGCCUCUCCCUACCUGCACAUCCACUACGGCGGACCAGAGAUCGACUCCGUGGACCAGGUCCGCCCAUUCCACUACCGCAGCCCUGCCUCGCACCCGCACACCCACCCGCAUCCUCACGCCCAUGCCCACCCCGGGCUGGACAGCCACUCCCACGGGCCGCCGCCUCACCACCACGCUCCCACUCACGGCCCUCACCACAUCCCUUACCGCAGGCCUCAGCCUCCAGCCGUGCCACCCAAACCCUACCUGAGAGAGGGCUGCAUCCCCGAGGAGGAGCUGCCACCUCAGCCCAUCCCGCUGCCCCGCAGGAUCUUCCACUCCCCUCACGGCCACAGGGAGGACCAGGGGAAACACGCCUGGGAGCAGUGCAUCAGCGAGGAGCACGAGGAGACACAGUGAUGACGAGGCUCCAGCUACAUUUCAGUUAGAGAUCACUUCUCCUUGUCUUCUUCCCUUCAUUUGCACUGAGUUAAAGGAGCAGUAAUAGAAAGAGUCUUAUGUGAAGCAGUUGGAGUUGUUCAGUUGACCUUUAAUUUCAGUGCACUUAAAGGAAAGAAUAGAAGGACUGAACCUCGAUGAAUCUACAGAAACUACAGGCACAACUGCCGUCACUGCUCCACGUGGCCUCUUAGAUAUAAUUAAAAGAAAUGUAUCUGUUGAACAGGAAGACGGAUCAACUUUGUUCAGAAAUUGAUAUUGAUUGUACACACUUGUACAACUUGUCUGUGAGCAUGUUUUUUCAUUUGAGAAUAAUACAACAACAGUUUUGUGAAACAUGACAACCGUGAUCAUAACCAACAUGAUCCCAGGUGCAGUAUAAGCUCUGAACUCACCUAAUUUUGCUUUUCAUGUCAUUUUCACAACACGAGGCAACAACAGAAAGGUUAUUAUUCACAGUGAAGUGACUUCUCUGCUUUAAAUGCUUCAUAUAUAUGAAUUCUUAUUUUGAUAAAUAAAUGCAUAAUACAAAUACAUUAUAGUGUUUUCAAAGGCUUAUGUCCAUUAUGUUUUUCAAAACACUGUUAAGUGCUCCUUAAUAGUGAAUCAUAUCAAAUGGCGCACUCUAAUCCGUGUUGCUGCCGGGCUGUCAUUAAUGGCAGGUCUCUAAGGUUGGACUCGCAGCUCUCCUCUUGGACUGGCAUCUCAAGGGACAUAAACUUCAGUCACUGACGAUUUCCCGUCCGUACCCUGCGUAUGGAAAACCUAUGUGAAUGUAUUCAGAUGAGAUGUUCUAUUUGUAUUGCCCAAGCUGCAAUGCUGGUUUUUGUUUAAGUGCUUUAAGUUCAGUCUAUGUUGAAGAAGUCUAUUUGUCUCUUUUGUGUGACAAAGAUAUCUUGAGAAGAAGACUGAGGGGAAACUGAGGACAAUGACAGACAGGUCCCACACCUGUCAUGUUUCAUGUUCAUGGUGAAUGAAGAAGGGAUGGAACGAGAACUCUCCACACCUCAACCACCUGCUGGACAUUGAAAACAUCAUUCUCUCUCUCUUUCUCCCUCCAUCUUUUUCCUUCUCUGUAUGGUUGUCAGACCAUAUUAAGCAGUGAGGGCUGAACCCUGGACAGCUGCAGUGGCAUUGCGUUGCGUCUAAUGAUACUGUCUAGGCCCCUGUCUGCUGAGUGGCUAGUCGAGGAGCCCACUCAGACAGCGUUGGAAUCGCCUACCUGCCUUAAGUGCACUCAAAUGCAGUUUGACCUCUCAUCCGGACUGUGAGAAGCUCAUUUAGCGACAGCCGCUCUCCUUUUCAUUCUGUUCACUAUACGCUCCCUGAAGGAAAAAAAAAGAUAUCUACUUAGUGAUGUUUUUGUAUGGUUUCGUCCCGCUUUGGUUUCAGGUUGUUGUUUGGUUUGUAGCGCUAAUAUUUCUUAUUCUGCCUGCGGCUCUUUCUCAAUCACCUUCUGUUGUGUGAAAACUGAUGAUGUGUUUUAGAAGAACGCUGAAGCCUGGACUGAGAGAGAGGUUUACUUUUUGUGGAGCAGAAGAACAGCGCUGUUUAUUGCAAUGUAGUGGGUUGGAAGGAUAUAGCUAAUAUUUUAACAAUUACUUGUUUUCCUGGUUGUUUUUUUGCAGGUGGAUGCUUUGUGUUACUGUACAUCAAGUUGUCAGCUGACUAGACAACAUCUAUUUUUGUAUGUAAGAUCAUCAGUUGUGUGAACAUAUUUCAGAAAUCGUACCGAAACAGGAGGCCCAGGUACCGCAUAAGCUGCUGUACUUUGUAUGGAGAUGAACCUGAAGAUAGAUAUAUACAGUAUGUGAGUAUCUCUUGUGAGCCUGAUAGCAUUGAGGAUAACUGGUGACUGAAGUGAUGCUCAAAAUAUAGGUACAAGGUAUAGAAUUUUUCAAUGUAAAUUCUGUUAUUGUACAUACAGCAGUAUUGUGAAAUAUUUUUGAGAAUUAUUGCAGACGCCCCAAAAAGGUUUAUUGUUGUUUUGUGUAUAUACAUGUACUCCAGAGAUCAAUGUAAUUGAUAAAUAUCUAUAAUCAGUGUUUGAAAAAGGACAAAUCCAUUAGACUGUGGCUGUCUCCACCGUUCUUGAAUUUGAGUCUUCUCAUAUAAAUACUUUAUACACUUUUCAAUGUGCUUUCCUGUACAUAUGGUGUUAGCAUGAUCGAACAGUGUUUGGUUGUAAAAGUGGUUUUCCUACUCCCAUAACUGCUGUGGUAUGGAAUUCAUUAACGAUGCCAAACAUUAAAGACAAUCUUUUAUCAGCUCUAA